CGGAGGACCCAAAAAAAAGAAAAUAAAAAGGGUCAUGUGUGAACAUCCGCCGACAUUGAGAGGCGCGCUGGCCUUAAAGGAUUAGCCUAUAGUAGUACUCCUCUUUCUCUGCCGGCAACGUAACAACAAUCACAGUCACUUGAUGCUAACGGCGUCUCCCAUGGCCGCUUCUACUUGUACAGUUUACCGUUUUUCUCAUCUCCGCGUAGCCUCCACUUCUCAAACCCUAUCUCCUCCCAACAGCAGUAAAAUUUUCAGUUUUCCCCGUCGUAGUAGAAGCAGCUUUUCAGCGUUGCGCUUUUCAACUACAGCAGCAAAGAGUGACAGCGGCGCAAAUGUGAGUAGUGAUAAAAGGAAAGAAGAGAAACAACAAGAGUUGGAAGAAGAAGAGGAGCUUUCAUGGAUACAGGAGAAAGCAUUGGACCUGGUUGAAUUCACCGGUUCUGUGACUCAGGCUCUUCCUGGCCCCAGGGUCGGCCAGACCUCCUUCCCAUGGAUUCUAACAGUUCCCUUGGCUUACUUUGGUAUUACUUUUGUCAUUGCCUUCGUCAAAACCGUCCGCAAGUUCAAUUCCCCUCGGGAGAAGCGCCGUAAAUUGGUC